AUGGAGACAAAGUAUAGUGGUGGCCUGGGCCUUGUGUUGUGGGGUAGGGCAUGCAACUUCUUAAGCUUUUGUUUGUUAGCAGAGGGAGUGCGUGAUGAUAGUUAUAGGAGCCCCAAAGCCAACCUACUUUGCUACCUCUUCCAAAACCAGACAAAUCAGAUGCAUACUAAACACUGUGACUGGUUUGAUCACAAUGUCAAUGUGGACGAACCAAGACACACCACCCCGUUAGGUGCCAUUGUUGCUCUUUGCUUGCUUAUGCUCGCCAUCGCCAUUCUCAAACAACAAUGCUAUCCGAGAUGUGACUUGGGUUUUGUUGUUUUGGUUUUGAGCAACCAAAGGCCUAGGAAGCUUUUUUCUGUUGUGUUCGAAUCUUUCUCUGCAAACCCUGUGAACACUCUUUUCACCCUUGUUUGCCCUCAAUGGAUUAUGACAUAUAAUGGCCUUGAGAGUUGCAUGCUAAACAAUCAGUCUUAUGAAGAUGAGAGCAGAACAAGUAGAGGAGAUGAAUGCAUAACUGAUUCAUUUGAUGACGAUGACUCCAGUUGUUCUUCAAGCAAGGAUGCUUUUGGAUCAUUCUCUUCAAAAUGUUUGACAAUGAAAAGGGAUGAUGAUAAAGGUCUGGAAGAAUGGGAACUCUCAGAAAGUCCUCAACAUUUAUGUGUCAAAGAGAAGCCUUACGAUAUCAAACUGUCAGAUAUUGAAGCCAUGAAGGAAAAAUUCUCAAAGCUUUUGCUAGGUGAAGAUGUUACAGGAGGAUCUAAGGGCCUCAGUACAGCUUUGGCGCUGUCUAAUGCCAUCACAAACCUAGCAGUGACGGUUUUUGGUGAGCUGUGGAAAUUGGAACCACUAUCUGAAGAAAGCAAGAGAAAAUGGCAAAGAGAAAUGGACUGGUUAUUGUCUCCUACCAACUUCAUGGUUGAGCUAGUUCCCGCUAAGCAAAGCAGUUCCAAUGGUGGGAUUUUUGAGAUAAUGACCUCAAAAGCUCGUGCAGACAUCCACAUGAAUCUUCCAGCACUUCAGAAGUUGGAUUCAAUGCUUAUUGAGGCACUAGAUUCUAUGAUGAAUACCGAGUUUUGGUAUGCAGAGGGAGGAAGCCAAGCAGAAGGGACGGACAUAAAUGCACAGCACAGCCAAAAAUGGUGGCUUCCAUCACCCCAAGUACCAAAAAGUGGCCUUUCUGAUACUGAAAGAAAGAAGCUGAUUGAUCAGGGAAGGGUGGUAUGCCAAGUAUUCAAGGCUGCGAAAUCCAUCAAUGAAAGUGUUUUGCAUGAAAUGCCUGUGCCUGAGGUUAUUAAAGAUGCACUUGCAAAGUCUGGAAAGGCAAACCUUGGACAUGAAUUGCACAAGGUUUUGACGUCUCAAUCAAGCUCUGGAGAAGACAUGCUUAAAUCUCUCAACUUGACAUCUGAACAUGUUGUCCUUGAGACUGUUAAUAGACUGGAAGCUGCUAUACUCUCGUGGAAAGAGAGAAUUGCAGAACAAAUUAGUGGCAAACACCCAGCUCGAUCCACUUGGUCACCUUUUGUGAAGGAUCCUAUGUCAGAGGUUGAUAAACUGGAGUUAUUAUUGGACCAUGCUGAAACACUACUCCAGCUGAUUAAAAUCAGAUACCCAAACCUUCCUAAAACGUUUCUGGAUGCUACCAAAGUUCAAUAUGGCAAGGAUAUUGGAUAUUCCAUUUUGGAAGCUUAUUCCAGAGUUCUAGCAAAUUUAGCCUUCAGCAUCCUGUCUAGAAUAGGAGAUAUAUUGCAGGAGGAUUCUUCAAGCAAUCCUUCACCUUUGGCGAUAGAUUGCUCUCGUGGGAUAAAUCUCUCUCACACUUGGGUGGUUGGUUCACAUUUGAGGCAGUCCUUAGUUGACAAGAUGAACAAGGAUGAUGAUGAACAACAUUGUGAUUCUAGCUGUUACAGUACUUCUGAUUUAGAACAUUCGCCUAACGAUACCAAAUCCGAAUCUGUAAUAGCCACGCCAAACCAGAGUGGUGGCUGGUGCAAUAGUAGAGAAGCUUGUACAAGUCUGUCUCCUAGACAUUCUCCAUAG